AUGACUUUGGACUUUGGCGGAUCCCCGAGGAUGUCAAAAAAAGAUCCCCAGACGCGGAUACCAACAAGGCGGUCCACAACGCCGUCCACGGAGUUCACGGGGAAAGCUGAGGAGACGCCCUUCAAGGUGUUUGAUGGAGAUCCUCCGGUUCACGAAUUUGCUCCGGUCUUCAUUGAAGAAACCUUGAUGCUUCGGAAGGAUUUGCGAAUCCGAGAACUCCAACGCUGGAACUUCACUGUGGAAGAGCCGGAGAAGGCAGUGUUUUACAUCGUGUGUUGCGGACCAGUGCAACGAUUUCUGGAGCUGCCACCACGAACGCCUGACCGGCCAUACCUUUGUUACGACUGCGACGCCAAGCUGCAACUGAGCUCGCUGGCGCAAGAGAAGUGUCAGAUUCGGCGAAACUGCGAUCCGAACAUCGUCAAGCUCCUGGCGCGUCGAGAUUUCAUGUUUUCCUCCUCAGAUCUCAGGGGUUGGGAUCUGAAGAACGACUCCGCACUGUUGGUGCCGGGCGUGACGCAUGUGCAUCACAUCCCGGCACCAGAAAAACUGAAGAACAACAAGGUGAAACCUUCUGAUCCGCCCAAGUACUUUCUCACCUUCCAAGGGAUUCGGAACAAUGGUCUGGACGGGGCAUCCUAUGUCCGUGGCAACCUGGAAGCAAUGCUCAACGUGUCCAUCCGCCGACCAGAGCUCAGUGGCUGCCCGACAGGCUCGCCGAGUAUGACCAGUGUCAUGCUGCCAUCUGACGUGUUCAUUGCCAUUGCCGACAAAGCACAACGCCACAAAGAAAUGAGGCCAUAUUUCUCCCUCUUCGAUUCGGCCUAUGGCCUGGUGUUGCACGGCCAUGGGCGCUGGAGCUACCGACUGAUGGAGGUGUUGAAUGGGGAAGCUAUUCCUGUGAUCUUGGCGGAUGGAUGGAAACUACCACUUGACGAGUUGAUUGACUGGGAGAAGAUCUCUUUGCUUCGCUCAGAGAAGAUGGCAUGUGAUCCUGCUGCGCUGAUUGAGAGUUUACCUCGAGAACUCCAAGGUAUCCAACAGACACGGCAACACAUUCGCAACGUCUACGGCAAGUUGAUGGAGACGCAGGAAAAACGAUUGGUUGCUUUACUUCGAGCAGCUGCCCUUUGGAAACGCAACUGGAGAGAACUGGAGAAGGGAACUUUGCGAAUGUUGGCAGAUGCCGCCCUGAAAAACGUGAACCGAGAUGAUUUGGUACGGGCAGAUGAUGGCAGUCAACUGCGGAACCUGGGCGAGUUCGUCAAACCGAUGAUUGCCAAAGUUGAAGAUAUGUUGAAGAUAUUGCCACCGCCCUCGGAGCGGCUCACCCUGGCCUCACGGAGAGGAAAAAGGUGCAGACAUCAAUCUCGGAAAAAUCUCCGCAAGGACGAGGGAACCUUCCGAGGUCUGAUUCAGGACAAUGAAGAGUUGUUCGACACCUGGAUGAUCCUGGAUGGACUUGUCGCAAGCUCAGAGCUCCAACUGUCGGAUGACAACGACUUUGCCAAGCAGCAGGAACGGAACAGGACGGGCCCUCCUGAGUCCUGGCCCCUGCAUGAAGCGGGCAAGACGCAUCGCAAGCGUCUCCUCAACCCGCGGGGCCCUGCCCCGAAGCUGGACGGCCCCGCAUGGGCGCGACUGCCCUUGCCUGGGGCGGGAGCAAGGGAUCCGCCAAGAGAAGGGGCAGUUCAAUUCUGGCCAUGGCCUGGAGGCGAUUCCUUUCCCUUUCAGCACCUGGCAGAGCGUUUCCUCUUCAGCCUGUGUCAGAGGCCAUCAGCUGAAACGGCACAGAAGCUUCGAGAUGUCCAAAGUCAAAUGCGGCGAUGCGAGCAGCAGCCGGAAGACUUUGAGGAUGUGGAUGCCCUGUGGGGGUACACGCGUGAGAAGUUCGUGCUCCGAUCCUCCAUGGCCUUCAACGCGCUGACCAGCUUUGCGCCUGCAGCUCUCCGACGAAGGAUGGAGGGGUCCUUCAGCGUGGCCGCCAUGGGUGGAGGUCCAGCCGCAGAGCUUUUCGCUGCCGUGGUGGCCAGAGACUUGUCUGGUGGCCGGCCUGGUAAGAUGGCAGUCUAUGAAUGGGUGGAGACUUGGUCUUCCAUUGUCCAGGCAGUUGCGAACGUGAUGCAGGAAGAGAUCGAGUAUCAUCAUUGUGAUGUAUCCAAGCCGCUGUCGGAUGAACAGAAUGCCGCAGUGCGAUUCCAUUCGAUGGCCAAUGGCAGACCAGUGUAUGAUCUCUACAUCUUUUCUCAUGUCUUAUUGGAAUGUGGCCGUGGAGGGGGUGCUGCUCCGCUCCAUUUGCUGCAGGAUCUCUGGGAGCAGAACUCUUUCAUCUUGGUCUUGGAUGCGGGUCAAGCACGAGGGCGAGGCUGUCGAGAACGGCCCUUGGCGGGGUCACUGCGAUUGGUGGAGUCUUGGGCGAGUGAAGUCGGAGCUGAAGUGAUACGCAUCAACGGUGCAAGCCGAACGGAUGGUGUUCUGCUGAGCCCAAGAGAGUUGUGCUCAGAAAAAGAUCUGCAGAACCAACGGGUGCAGCUGGUUGAAGAAUUGGCACCAGUAGUCUUGUGCUGGAAGAUCAUCACUCACUGGAACCUCAGAGGCAUGGCCGUCGAACAGUUCAGUUGGUACGUGAAGGCCGCAGACCCUCAAUUUGAGAUCGCUCCCAACGACGAGGACGAGGUUGACAAGGACGAGAAUGAGACCGAGGAGAAGAUCGUGCGGCCCAAGCGAGAGAAGGAUUGCUUGAAGAUCUCUGGUUUGUGCUAUUCGCUGUUCCACGCUCCAAGCUCAGAACUGUGA